UAUCAUUAUCCCUAAAUCAUUUAUCUCCUUGUUACAGGAGUCAUGGCAGGACCCGAAGACCAAAGACACGGGCGCUGUGAUCAAUAUCCUGGAUAUAGGAAGACAGAACUUUGCUAAUGGCGGCGUCGUGUCCCGAUACCUCUGCGACUUGGCCCAGUGCUGCAACCUCACAAACUAUGACUACAAAGAUGUUGUCCCCAACGUAGUGAAAGACGACAGCGUCCAGCGCGCUAUAGAUGAAGCCACACAGGAAGCGUUGAGAAAAGCGGAGGAGAGCGACCCGGGAGCGGAGUACGCGACCAUACGGAAACGAGUGGAGACCAAGGCCAUGAAAAUUAUACAGGACAUCAGCUCGGCCAUGUCUUCUAGAGUGCUCAAGUUCGUAGCAUGGGUAUGCCACAAGGCGGUGAGGCGCGUGGCGGGCGGCGGCUGCGGCACGCGCGUGGCCAGCAUCGAGCGUCUCCGCCGCGCCAACGCCGCCGGCCUGCCUCUUGUCUUCGUGCCGCUGCACAGGUCCCACUUCGACUACAUCCUGAUGACCUUCACGCUGUACCUGACGGGCUUGAGGCCGCCGCUAGUAGCUGCCGGCGAUAAUAUGAGGAUACCUUUCUUUGGUUGGUUCCUCCGAGGCUGCGGUGCGUUUUACAUCAGACGAAGGGUCGAGGGCUCCGAAUAUCACAGUGAUAACACGUACAAAUCAGCACUUAGAGCAUACAUCCUGAACAGUUUGGCGGCUGGUAAUAAUUUAGAAUUCUUCAUUGAGGGAGGUCGCACCAGAACCGGCAAGCCACAGACGCCUAAAGCUGGCAUCCUCUCGGUGAUAAUGGACGCCUACCUAGACGGUACUAUAGACGACGCCCUCCUAGUACCAGCGACACUGAACUAUGACAAACUAGUCGACGGAAACUUCGUCCGAGAACAGCUCGGCAUGCCCAAACAGAUGGAGACCUUCUGGUCAGCUUUGAGAGGAAUCUGGAGAACGUUGAACACGAACCAUGGGAGUAUCAGAGUGGAUUUCAAUCAACCUAUAUCUUUGAAGGAACUAGUAACAUCAUUCCAAAAGUACCAGCACUACAAGGCGCCGAUCGAGACGUCGCUCACGCCGCCGAACAACAACCUAGCCGUCAACUUGGACAGACAGAUCUUAUACAACCACAGUCACUCCAGUUUGUAUGGCGCUGACGUCAGCACUGACCACAAGAUGAUGGUCGAAGCGAUCGGGAGGCAUCUGGUUUAUGACGCGGCGCAGGCCACGGCCCUGAUGUGCACGAACGUGGUGUCGUACGUGCUGCUGACGGAGGCGCGGCGCGGCGCCAGCCUGGCGGCGCUGUGCGCGCGCGUGGCCGCCCGCCACGCCGCGCUGGCCGCCGACGGCCGCGACCUCGGCUACAGCGGGGACGUCGCGCACGCCGUCAACCACGCCCUGGGCAUGUUGGGCCGCGUGGUCCGACGCGGGCCCGGCGGGCUGGUGUGCGGCGUGUCAUCAGUAGCGGCCAGCCUCGAGCUCUCGUACUACGCCAACGCCGUCGUAGCGCACUAUGCCGCGCCCGCCAUACUCGCCACAGCCCUGGAGAGCCUGCUGUCGGGCGACCCCUCGCAAGAGAUCUCGCAGUCGGAGCUGCUGGAGAGCUCGCUGCAGCUGUGCGAGGUGUUGAGCCACGAGUUCAUCGUGUGCGCGCCCUGCCAGCGCAUACAGGACCGCAUGCUGGACGCCAUCGACUCGCUCAGCGCGCACGAAGUCAUCAUCAGGAAAAAGACUACAUCGGGUUUGGAAGAAGAGGCGUGGUCGCGGCGGGCGGCGCGGCGGCUGGAGGGAGACGACGAGACUCCCGAACCCGCGUUGUACACACUGUCGCAAUCCCCGCACGCACUCGCCGAGAGGCGGCGGUUAAUUUUAACACUACGGCCGCUUCUGGAAGCGUAUUCAGCGACCUGCAGACAGCUACAGACGACCAGUGAAGGAACCGUGCAACAACUCGUUAAGGACACGUUAGACUCGCUGACCGAAGACUACACGCAGAACAAAAUGAUUUACGGCGAGGCGGUGUCGACGGACGCGAUCCGCAACUGCGUGCGGCUGCUGCGGCAGUGGGGCGUGGUGUCGCAGACGGGGCGCGCGCUGCGCCUGGCGCCCGCCUACCGCGCCGCGCCCGCGCUGCGCGCCGUGUGCCAGCACCUCACCAAGUUCAGCGCGGACUGGCCGCUGCUGCGCGACCCCCGCUGUGCGGACUCGCCGCUGCUGCGCGACCCCGCUGUGCUGACUGACUCGCCGCGCUGCGCGACCCCGAGCAGUGCUGACUGGCCGCUGCCGCGCGACCACUCGCUGUGCUGA